UAUGGCGGAACGAAAGGAGAAGUCUAUACCAUGGGUAGAAUGAUAAUACUGAAUGCUACAUGGCAGCGGCGAUUGAUACGAAUGCUGGUGUAGAGCGUGAAGAACAAGAGCAAGAUGUUCUACAGGGUGCUGAGCCUGGAGCUGGCUCAGUAGGUCAAGAACCACUCUUCUAUGUCCAACCUGACGAGGAACUUGAUGUUUCUGUGGAUGAAAUCUGUACAGAUCCUGAAUCCAGAACAUCUGCUCACUCUGAUGCUAGCCUAGCUUCAGGGCUCAUCUCCAGUUUAAGUAGUCACGGAUCCCCUGAGGCAGCAAACAGCAGCUCCCCCAAAAUUGAUGUUGUUGAUGAAGAUGAAAACUUCAAUGAGACCCUUUUUCCUGGGCAAGCAGAUAUGCCAGGCGAGGCUGAUGGUUCAGUUGAUGAGAAAAUUGCUUCAUUAAGUGUUCAAGAUGAACAAGAAGAGGCUCGAAAAACAAGAGCUGCAAGUGUACUAGAAAUCGGAAGAGAAGCAUCAGUGGAAGAUGUGAACGACCCUCAAUGGACGUUGCACAAAAAGCAUGUGUUUGCUUUCAGUGAGGCUGGAAAGCCAAUUUACUCAAGAUAUGGAAGUGAGGACAAACUGGCAACCCUGAUGGGUGUUAUGCAAGCCUUAGUUUCUUUUGUCCAGGUUGGCAAAAAUACAAUAAGGUGUAUUAUGGCAGGUGACCAUAAAUUUGUAUUCUUAGUUAGAGGACAUGUUAUUUUAGUGGCUGUGGCUUACACACCAGAGUCUGUUACUCAGUUGGUGCUGCAGCUCUCCUAUGUUUAUAAUCAAAUCCUUAGUGUUUUAACGUAUACUCAAUUGGCAAGAAUUAUGGAACAGAGGAGAAAUUAUGAUCUUAGAAGACUAUUGGCCGGGACAGAAAAAUUUAUAGAUAAUUUAUUGAAUUUAAUGGAUCAUGAACCAAGCUUUCUGCUAGGCUCUGUGAGAUGUUUACCUCUUCCAUAUUCUGUCAGGGAAACCAUUGGUCAGAGCAUGCUUCAAGCAAGAGUCAAGGACCUCGUAUUUGCCAUUUUGGUCGCUAACAAUCAGUUAAUUACCUUGAUCAGACCCAAGAAGUACAGUUUGCAUCCUUCAGAUCUUCAUCUCAUCUUCAACCUCGUCAGUGCAUCCACGUCUUUUCAAACUGCGGAGUCCUGGACACCGAUUUGUUUGCCACGAUUUGAUAACAGUGGCUAUCUGUACGCGCACAUCUCCUAUCUGGAUGACAACUGCCCUGCCUGUUUAUUGUUACUUUCCACUGAUCGUGACGCCUUCUUUGAGUUAGCAGAAACCAGACUUAAAACUGUUGAGCGCUUGAAGAGGUACAGAUGUUUAGAGGCUAUUAAUGAAGCAGUGGCGAAAAAGAGUUAUAGCACAGAUCAGGUUGGCAUCCCAGAGCUGUAUCAUUUUAUUUACAAGUCUAAAAGUACGGCGCAGUAUACUUCACCUGAACUGGAAGCUCCUUAUGUUGAACCCGAAGAACAGGAAAGGCUCUUUGGUUUAUAUCUUUACCUGCAUCAUCGGAUUCACUCGCCAGCCAGGCCUCUGAAAAUUUUAUGUCACGUGGGCGUACGAGAGAUGCUGUUAGGAUGGGUAACAUCUGGGUUUGAGUUGUACGCUGCCUUCAGUCCACUGGUCACAAAACCAGACGCUAUCAUUGCCAUAAACAAACUUCUGAGAUGGAUAAAGCGCGAGGAAGACAGGCUCUUUAUUCUGAGCUCUCAAGUGUUCUAAAGGUCUCACCUCUGGAAUAAGGCAGAAUUUCUGGAAUACUACUUUUAUCGCUCUGACUCGUGGUGCCCGGACUCAAAGAAUGCUGCCCUUCAAGCUCUUCUGGGAAAGACCGAUGAGAGGCCGCAAAAAGAUAUUGCUUUGGGUCGAAUGAAAGAAAUCCCCUUAUUCUAUCAUGUUUCAGUAACAUGAUAUUUUCACCGCGCGCCGUGAAGAUACCAUUUUCGUCACGGUUACCGGGAUUAUCAACAUUGUGACUUUAUUUGUCACGCACAGUUGAAUUAACGAUUCUUUUCCUCUUUUCAUGAAGAUAACUUGUUUUUUUUUUUUUGUCGGAAUGUGAAGAAGCAUUUCAGCAAGCGGAUCGUACGUGUGGGUGACCUCUGCAUUUCGUGCAUUCCCGUGUUCUGAAAUUGUUUAUACCUCAUCAAUAAUAAUCAGAAGAUUGCAUGUCCGCUUGCGGAUACGAAUUUACCUUCUUGUGUCAAUUAUACCUCUCACGAGUGGGCGAUGCGAGCGAGUGAUAGAUAUAACCAGCACUCAUGUUUUCAACAUUGUUAAUUUGAGAUUAUUUUUGAACACAAAUAUCUUACCUAAUGGGAAACAUUAGGUGUAAAUAGCUUAAACUCUGCUUUUACACUAUUUCGACCGGCGUCGUAGAUCCAGAGGAUUUAACACUUACUAGUUGCGUUCAAAACCUUUCAACCUGUCAUCAAUAAAGAUAACAAACUUUGCUGAUUA